AUGAGGGACAAGCCCCUUACCAGGAGAGGGUUGUUAUCGGUCAUAAGUUCUGUUUACGAUCCACUCGGGUUAGUUUCACCGUUCGUCCUCAAGGGCAAGAAAAUCCUCAAGAACCUUUGCGAAACCGGAGCGGUCUGGGAUGCUCCAACACCAGACGACAUCAGACGUGAAUGGGAACGCUGGAUAGCAGAUUUGAAAGAUUUGGCUGAUGUUAGUAUUCCCCGUUGCUACAAAGGUGAUGAGUUUGGCGAAUUGAAAUCUGCUGAUCUUCACCACUUCAGUGAUGCAAGCAUGGAAGGCUAUGGACAGUGUAGCUAUGUCAGAUUGACAGACGAGGAGGGAAGAUGUGACACAGCGCUGGUCAUGGCCAAGUCCAGGGUGACGCCAUCGAAGACGGUUACAAUUCCGAGGCUUGAAUUGACCACGGCCGUUACAUCAGCUAGGAUUGCCAAGUUUCUGGAUAAGGAGCUGGACUACAGCAACAUAGAGCACCACUUCUAUACAGAUAGCCAGGUGGUUUUAGGGUAUAUUGGGAAUGAAAGCAGGAAAUUUCACAUUUUCGUAGCAAACCGUGUACAGGAAAUCCGUGAUUCCACCUCGCCCUCAAACUGGAGAUAUGUUGACACCGACCAGAACCCAGCAGACUAUGCUUCAGAGGCAUGA